AGUCCGGCUGGUUUUGCAGAAUAUCCAGGGUGUGUUUCUGAGCCUGAUUUACAGGUAUUGAUCUGGGUUUCCUCGCUACGAGCAACGGUUUGUUUUUUGUCUAUUCCUUCAAAGGGUUUAUUCGCCAAACUCCGUAGUGUAACAUCUUAAACCUCACAUGUAAAAUGAACCCUAAAAUAGCCAACUAGUGGCAAAUUCUCCGUAUUGUCACAGCUCUGCUGUUUGAGCCUGAAUUUUGGAACUUGGAUAAGAAUUGUGUAAAGUUAGAAGGUUAGUGAACACCUCUGAAUGUGUGGGAAAUGGUGAGAUCUAUCACAGAUAUUCAUGGCUGGUUUUAUUGUGAAUGAAUGUAAUAUCUGUGUAUAAGUUGUCACUGCCUUUCAAGCGGCUCUGUUACAGUCUGGGGUCUUUAUGUAAUUUGCAAAGACCCCCAAUGGUGACAUCACUGCUGGUGGUCAUGGGGAGUAGGAGAAGGUACGUUUUACUUCCCUGAAUCUUUCCCUAGUGGAUGUCGCCAUCCUCUUCCACUCGCUCCUCUUCCGUUCCUGCAGCUGCCAGGAGUCAACGUCUGUGCUGUACUAUCAUGCUUGCACAAUAGUACUCCAUUUUGAGCCGAAGGGGGCUGCAGGAAAUGACAACAAAUGCAGAUAACGUAAACCCUAGAUUGCACGUAUAUGCUUUAACUGGGUUGAAAUGUCAAUGAAAUUCCUAUACGGUGAAUCUGAGACUCGAUCUUUAGGAAAUACUCAUUUUGGAGGGGUGGGGGGAUGACAGAGGGUAUAUAAAGCUUGGAUUGUUUGAUGCUCGGGCGUGUUGGGUUCUAAAAAGCCCUGCAGCGUGAGCCAAUGGAAAACUCAGAGAGGACAUAUCCUGCCUUUCUGUGUCGUGUCCCAUUCUCUCUACCCAGGAAAAGCGUGUGGCUGAUGCACUUGGGAUCUCAUUGAAAACCAGAACCGAGCACAUUGUGCACAACUAGGGAUUCACUGGGAUCCAACCGUGUGUGUGUGUGUGUGUGUGUAUGGGGAGCAGUGUGUGUGUGUGUGUGUGUGUGUGUGUGUCUAGGGGAGAAUGAUUGUGGGUCUGUGGGGUUGGAGGGUAGAUUUUUAUAUAUAUGUAUAGUAACAAAAAGAUGAUAGCUGCACUCCACGGUCUUCUUAUAUUAAAAAUUCAAAUAGCUUUAUUAGAUAUGCAUUAAAAGAGAUCGACGUUUCAGUCCCAUGUUGGGCUUUCCUCAGGAUCAGAAAAAACAAAGGUUUGUUUUUUCUGAUCCUGAGGAAAGCCCAACAUGGGGCUGAAACGUCGAUCUCUUUUAAUGCAUAUCUAAUAAAGCUAUUUGAAUUUUUAAUAUAAGAAGACCGUGGAGUGCAGCUAUCAUCUUUUUGUUACUAUAUCUGAAUUGUCAGCUGGCUUAUGCACCCGGCAUUACCAAGGAUAACGUGAGUGCAAGGAAUCUUUUUGUUUUUUGCACAUAUAUAUAUAUAUAUAUUUAUUUUAAAUUAAUUAAUUAAAAGAAUAAAAGUAAUUUUGAUAUUCCCCCUCCCUGAUUACCUUUGCCUGGGAGGGGGGACAUUUCCUGCAAUACCUGGAGGUCCCAAUGGUGAGAGUGAACUCUAGCAGCCUCAGUAACCACGGCAAUGCUCCGAGCUCAAGAAAGGAGAACCAGCAGAGCUGCAGGUUAGGUCUCCCCCCGGUCCUCUCUCCCUCCCUCCCCUGCCAGCUGCCAGCAGUACACUGUGAGCGGGCCGGAGAGGGAGAUCUCUGAUCUCCCCUCCGGUCCUGCAGAGCCUUCAGGGAAGAGGGAGGCAUGGUUCCCAGUGCUACAAUCAUAAGAUCAUAGCACCGGGGAAAUAUCUUUCACCCAACGGUAUAGUCGAGUGAAAGCUUUCGCGGACCGGCAAUAAAUUCUUGCGGACCGGCGCCUGUCCACAGCCUGGGGGUUGUAGACCCCUGAUCUAGGGGAUAUCCCUCCCUCCCACGAAGUGGCCUGGUGGAGCUCUGCACCACUAAUAUAUGGCUGCAUUAAGAAGCAGCUGCUUGAUUUAAAAUGAAAAAUAAUAAUUAAACCCCCACUAAUAUCAACCUGCCCCUUCACCAGCUGUAGAGAUCCAGGACUAAUGACUUUAGUUCUGCCCUGUGCACACACUAUAUGCCCUGUGCACACACACACACAUUGUAACGGAGCUCCCUGUACCCUUGGCUGGCUACCUCUGCCAAGAACUGCUUCCUAGCUGGAACAGGGGACAAACCGCAGAACUUCAGCCCACAGUCGCUGUUGCUUGACUGUGGUCCUGGAACCACUACUUCCUGGAGCAAAAUGGGGAACUCGCUCUAUCCACCCCCAGGCACUGGACAAUACGUAGUCCUGGGAGCUCUAGUCCUUACAAGGACUUUUCCCGUUGAAUCCUCCACACUGGAACAGUGAUUAGUGAUUAGCCCUUUCCCUCCCAAUAACCAGAUGACAGAUAGUUCUGGGAGUACAAGCUGGAAUGCUUUAAUCCGGCCAGAUGGCCUGUUUUUUACAGUUUAGACACAGUCAAAUACACCCAUAACACUCCCACACAAAACAGGAUAAUCCCUCCCCUGGACCUGAGAGGAGACUAGUUACAAGCAAACAUCUAACAUACUCCUCCCCUGUGCUUGAGAUUAUUAUUGAAUUAUCUCUCAGUAGAGAAAUAGGCAAUAUAACAAAAAAAACAAAAUACCCCAAAACACAUGAAAACUCCACAAAAGUCACAUCCCCUGAUAGCCCGAUCUGGGUGACCAACAUAUCCAAAAAUCACCCAGAUCGGCAUAGGGGUUUGGGAUUUCCAUGGAAGUCAUCAUUUUGACCGCCCGUGCACAUGAUCUAAUGCCCAACACAGUUCUAUGAAAUCAGUGCUAACAUAGUUACAUAGCUGAAAAGAGACUUGCGUCCAUCAAGUUCAGCCUACCUCACGUUUGACGGUCGGUCAAGUUCGGUAGUUUAAAACCGAACAAACUACCGAACAGAAUUUAUAGUUCUACCCUGGAAUACAGUGUCAAUUCGGCUUAACAAUCUCCCGGGUGGUCUCUGGUUCGUGCGGUUGUUUGGUUCCCGAACAACAUAGUCCCAAAUCACACGAACAGAGUAGUUUGCAGGGUAUUUUGUAUGGCCCAUAAUCCUGGAGCAGGAGGCUGGCUGGCAGGCUCCUCCUGGAGCUUGUGGCAAAUGACCAGACUACAGGGCAUUUGUUACACACAUUAUACCCCAAUGCAUACCAUGCCUCCUAUAUUCACCCCCUUUGCACACACUAUACCCCAAUGCACACACUAUACCUCCUAUACACACUAUACCUCCUAUGCGCACGCUAUACCCCCUUUGCACCCAUUAUACCCCAAAACACACUAUACCCCUUUUGCACACAUUAUACCCCAAAACACGCUAUGCCUCCUAUACACACACUGUACCCCAAUACGCACUAUACCCCCUAUGCACACACUACACACAUAUAACAAAAUGUAUAUAUACACUAUACCAUCAAACAUACACAAUACAUCCACUGUACACACACUCUACACAUUCUAUAAACUCACUUUAUGUACACACAUACUAUACACCGAUCCCUUUCUGCUCCAGUCACAGCAGCACAGGUAAGCUGAAAGACGAGGGAGUGGUUGUUAUUUUGUGAAUGUAAAUUUUGAGUGUAUGCUAGAUUGUUUGUUGUAUUUGUGUGACUGUCUAAACUGGUGUGAGACUAAGUGACAUGUGUACAUGUCAGUGAGAGUGUUUGACACCGUGUGUGUCCAUCCCUUAAAGGGACCAUGAAGUGCGCACUCCUGCCACCUUGGUGAUGUGUGCCUAGACCUCUCCUCCCUUGUGACGACACGUGCCCCAUCUCUCUCUGCCCACAUAAAGAUCUAUGCCCACCCUCUCCUCUCCCUGACAAUGUCACAACCUGCUAACAGGAGUAGUGCAAUCAGGAAGUCCUUCAAGCCCAGCUGUAGAACAUUUUCGUUUUUCUACAUUCUGGAGAUUUUCGAACUUGCAUUUCAUACUUGGGUGUGGAUAAUCUCAUGUGACAGCACCUUGCUGCAAGCUCUUUAUGUUCACACGAUGUCUACAUGACUGUAUACGGUUAAUGAAAUUGCCCAAAGAAAUGCUGUUAGUAUUGUCUUUAUAAUAUAAUAUUUUCAUGAGCAAAUACUUUGUGGCAUGUAUGUAGAACGAAUUGUAUCUGUUAGAAGAUACCGAGACUUAUCAUCACGGGCAGGGAGUAUCUGGUGACCCAUCAUGGAACUGUACAUAGACUUGCGUCUGUUACAGAGGCCUCAACGUCCUUCAGGGGAUUGGGACUAUCCCCACCAACUGCUGGCGAAUCUCAGCCACACUCGGCCGAAUCUCCAAAUGCUACCUGUUUUUCCAGUAGGUGCCUGAAGGCUCCCUGGUCUAAGUAUCUGUCUACAUAUUGUCACUAGCCUUCUAUUAAGCUGGACACAUUGUACCAUAGGUUUAGUAUUGUUGUGUUCCUAACAUAUAGGCUGGCCACAGUGUUUAGUCUAUAAUGUUUACUACUAUUGCAGCUAUUUUAAUAUCAUGCAAAUAUUAUACCAAAUAAAAAUAAAUAAAAAGAGAGAGAGAAAACCUUCAGUAUUCACAUCAAUGCGACCUGUGACAGAGAUACCCAUAAUGCAACACUGCCGGCACCGACCUGUGACAGAGAGACCCAUAAUGCCGGCACCGACCUGUGAUAGAGAUACCCAUAAUGCAACACUGUGAUAGAGAGACCCAUAAUGCAACCGACCUGUGAUAGAGAUACCCAUAAUGCAACACCGACCUGUGAUAGAGAUACCCAUAAUGCAACACUGCCGGCACGACCUGGAUAGAGAUACCCAUAAUGCAACACUGCCGGCUCCGGCCUGUGAUAGAGAUACCCAUAAUGCAACACUGCCGGCUGCGGCCUGUGAUAGAGAGAUACCCAUAAUGCAACACUGCCGGAACCGACCUGUGAUAGAGAUACCCAUAAUGCAACACUGCCGGAACCGACCUGUGAUAGAGAUACCCAUAAUGCAACACUGCCGGCGCUGUGAUAGAGAUACCCAUAAUGCAACACUGCCUGUGAUAGAGAUACCCAUAAUGCAACACUGCCUGCUCCGGCCUGUGAUAGAGAUACCCAUAAUGCAACACUGCCGGAACCGACCUGUGAUAGAGAUACCCAUAAUGCAACACUGCCGGGACCUGUGAUAGAGAUGUGCAACACUGGAACCGACCUGUGAUAGAGAUACCCAUAAUGCAACACUGCAACACCCAUAAUGCCGGAACCGACCUGUGAUAGAGAUACCCAUAAUGCAACUAGAGAUACCCAUAAUGCAACACUGCGGAACCGACCUGUGAUAGAGAUACCCAUAAUGCAAGCAUGCCCCAUAAUGCGAUAUGAUAGAGAUACCCAUAAUGCAACACUGCCGGCACCGACCUGUGCUAGAGAUACCCAUAAUGCAACACUGCCGGAACCGACCUGUGCUAGAGAGACCCAUAAUGCAACACUGCCGGAACCGACCUGUGAUAGAGAGACCCAUAAUGCAACACUGCCAGCACCGACCUGUGCUAGAGAUACCCAUAAUGCAACACUGCCUGCUCCGGCCUGUGCUAGAGAGACCCAUAAUGCAACACUGCCGGCACUGACAUGUGAUGGAGAUACCCAUAAUGCAACACUGCCUGCUCCGGCCUGUGAUAGAGAGACCCAUAAUGCAACAAUGCGGCUCCAGCCUGUGAUAGAGAUACCCAUAAUGCAACACUGCCCUACAAGGCUGUAUACCUUGUAAUAUAGCUCUCUACGAGAGUCUAAAACCCGUGACAUAAUUCCCUACAAGGCUGUAUAUCCUAUGACAUAGCUCCCUACAAGGCUGCAUACCCAGUAAUAUAGCUCCAUACAAGGCUGAGUGUAUACCUUGUGAUAUUGCUCCCUACAAGGCUGUAUACCUCGUGAUAUAGCUCCCUACAAGGCUGUAUACCUCGUGAUAUAGCUCCAAACAAGUCUGUAUAUCCUGUGAUGUAGCUCUCUACAAGGCUGUAUAUCCAGUGAUAUAGCUCCCUACAAGGCUGUAUAUCCCGUGAUAUAGCUCCCUACAAGGCUGUAUACCCCGUGGUAUAGCUCCCUACAAGGCUGUAUAUCCUGUGAUGUAGCUCUCUACAAGGCUGUAUAUCCUGUGAUAUUGCUCCAUACAAGGCUGUUUAACCUGUGAUAUAGCUCCCUACAAGGCUGUAUACCCUGUGAUAUAGUUCCAUACAACGCUGUAUACCCAGUGAUAUAGCUCCCUACAAGGUUGUAUACCCUGUGAUAUAGCUCUCUACAAGGCUUUAUAUCCCGUUAUAUAGCUCCCUAUAAGGCUGUAUACCCUGUGAUAUAGCUCCCUAUAAGGCUGUAUACCCUGUGAUGUAGCUCCCUACAAGGCUUUAUAUCCCGUUAUAUAGCUCCCUAUAAGGCUGUAUACCCUGUGAUAUAGCUCCCUAUAAGGCCGUAUACCCUGUGAUAUAGCUCCCUACAAGGCUGUAUACCCCGUGAUAUAGCUCUCUACAAGGCUGUAUACCCCGUGAUAUAGCUUACUACAACUCUGAUAUAGCUCCCUACAGGGCUGUAUAACCCGUGAUAUAGUUCCAUACAAGGCUGUAUACCCCGUGAUAUAGCUCCCUACAAGGCUUUAUAUCCCGUUAUAUAGCUCCCUAUAAGGCUGUAUACCCCGUGAUAUAGCUCCCUACAAGGCUGUAUACCCCGUGAUAUAGUUCCCUACAAGGCUGUAUACCCCGUGAUAUAGCUCUCUACAAGGCUGUAUAUCCCAUUAUAUAGCUCCCUAUAAGGCUGCAUACCCCGUGAUAUACCUCCCUACAAGGCUCUAUACCCCGUGAUAUAGCUGGAAAAAAAACAUGUUACCCCCCAGGAGUAACUGAGCCCAGGGCAGCUGCCCCGUUUGCCCCGCGUUAAAGAUGGCCCUGCCUAUUUGGUAGGCCUGUCCAAAGGAGGAAAACCCACACGUAUCCAAUUUGUUUAAUUGAGGGUGUAUCUAAAACAAUUUGCAAAAGCUGCAGGUCUCUUGUUUACAGCCUUCCCCUUCUUACCCAGCCCAUAUUGUCUAAAUACAGACUUUUAAGAACUAACUGGACCGGUUGUGUAAGGUUCGUUUAUAAAUGUGCCAAUUUCUAUUGAAAUCUGCACUUACAAUAAUAUCGUAAUAUCUAAAAAGAGGACCCACUUCACAUAUUAAGCACUCCAGCAAGUUAAACUGAUUCAGGGGUCUGGGGCGCCUUCUUGCCAGUUGGUAGUAGAGGUCCACCAUUUGACCAGGCGUGGCUUGGAAACGUAUGUGAUGAUUGUCACUGGGAAACCAACCGAUAUCUUGGUGUAGGAAAAUAAAAUGAGAACUGAUCACUCACAGCCUUCAGAUAUCAUCUCCCAACUUAUUUUUACAUAGAAAUUUCCAAAGAAUAGUCAUCAAAAACCUAUCAAAGGUAAAAUAAAAACAUGUAAACCCUAACUUCCCCCUUUAUCUGGCCCGUUACCUGGGUUGUGUUUAGUCACAGCUUCUUUCUAAACCCAAUGUAACUAACAUGUUAUGUUCACGGGUUUACGUUGAUGCUUAAUCCAUCCAUUAUUCUCGUUCUAAAACCCCAACAGUCUCCAAACGUGAUGCCUCUAUUUAUUACGUUGUGUUUCCAGGAUAUAAAAUAUUACAAUGUAUGCCGAGUGUCCCGGCAGAUUGUGGUUAUGACGUACGAGGCUGCUGAUGAUCAUUCGAUGAUCAUGCUGGGGCAGCUUAUAUGAGUAUUACUGGGUCAGUACGUUUUUACACUAAUAGAAUAUAAGGUAUGGGUUAGAGGAGAUAUUGCACCAGGUAAUAACAGAAUAUGUUGAUCCACUGAUUGCAUGAAGAGAUCUGGCACAAUGCACGUUGUGAAAUUGUGUGACACGGAUCCGUGGGCUCAUUUCACGUGUAGAGUAAACUACACACGUCCUGUGUGUUUCAAUAUUUAAUAUUACUCUGGCAUUCAGGCUUAUUUACUGAAGUGAGAAAUAAAAGUGGAUUUCAAAUUUAAGUCAAAAUAGCCGGACUAGAAAAAUUCAGUUAAACUUUCACUUCAGCUGUUCCAGCCUUAAAUGUGAAUUUUAUUUUAUUUUGUGGUUGGGACUUACAUGUUUUUAUGUUUUUGGUUUUAACCUUUGGAUUUUUAUGACACUUUUGAACUGUUAAGAAUGGCAGGCGUACUAUGUUGUCCUGCAAUAGGUGGGCUUUUAUGCCACGGUGCGGCAUAGUACGCCAUGGGGAUUGACGUCCCUCCAUACUUGCCUUACCCAGCGAUCUGACAAACCAGGCAGUACCCCUACAACCAGUCUAGCCUUUCAGGCCAUGUGAUUGCAAUGUCAUCGUGAUCCCAGGAUCGGCUGGGAUGUCAGGCAGUCCCCCAUUGCUGAAAUAAUGAAGAAAAAUAAUAAUCAUACACCUUUUAUUUUUUAUUUUUUUUACAUUCUUUAUUUUUGCAGUGCUUAGGAAUACAUGCAAACUUACACAGACAUUUUGAUAUGAGUGUGGACAGCAAGCAUGGAAACAAGAUCACCCCAAAAUAUCCAAAAUACAGCACUUUUAUUUUAUAUGCAGAAGUGUCAAUGCAGAAUACCCUCCUUCAUAUAUUGAAAAUAAUAAACAAAAAAACAAGCUAGGCAUACCUGUCUUGAGUAGAAACGUAACUUAUACCAAUUGGUUAAUCAUACAACUUUAUUAUUAAAAAUAAAAAAAACAAAUCUAAACACGUUUAUUUUAUUUUAAUUCUAAAAUGUAUUUUAUAUAGAAUUUCAUUCAUUAUAUAUUGAGGGACCUGCCUGACAUCACAGGCAGAAAUAACAGAGAAUUUAAUUUGCAAGCCCUAUAUUUUACCCUGUGAUUCUCCAUAAUACCUGUACAUUGGGGGGGGGGGGCUACUGUGCUCAUGUUAGGUCACUAAACAUUGAUAUCCUCCGUGAAAGUGUAGUUUGGACAUACCCCAUUUUGAAUACCAUGGGUUGUUUACUUUUGCAAAUGGCAUGCCAUGAUGGGGGUAAAUUUAAUUUCUGGGCUGCUAUAUAAUCUUUAAGGCAACAUAGUCCCAGGAAACCAAUGUGGCAAAUUUCAGUGUGUAAAAAUGGAAAAGGGGGCAGCCUUAUAUUUGACCCUUUAACUUUCCAAAAAAAACAUAAAACCUGUAUAUGGGGGGUACUGUUGUAGUUGCGAGACAUCACUGAACACAAAUAUGUGUAUUUUAUUUUCACUACAUUGCUCCAAAAGGUCCACACUCACUGCCAUUUAUUAUACAUAAACGAGGUAGUGCAUCUUUAUUUAUUAAAAAAAAGUUAUAACAUGACAUAUAAAUAGCAGGCAGUGCGUCAAUAACAAUAUAAUUAGAAAAUAGUAUCCAACCCAAAUCAAAUAAACAAGAAUGCAAAAAAAUGAAAUAGAAAGUCAGCCCUGUGCCUGCUGGGGGUGCGGAGGGAAUUGAAAAGAUAAGUUAAAUACCUAAGAGGGCUCUGUAAACGUUUCGUCUACACUGACUCUUUAUCAACAUGUGUUUCUCACUGACUGACUGAACGUGUGACGGUUCACCUCAAUGAUGUGACAAUGCGAUAAUAAUGAUGGGAUUAAACACCUAUUCAUUACCUGCUCCAUCUCUAUAUGUCACUCUCUGCCUUAUCCUGUGUAAAGGUUGCAAGGCACAGCCCCACCCAGGUUCCCUGCUCUGUGCACCUGUACCUGCUGGUUCAGUUCUGCUAUUCAAUCCUGUAUGGAGAACACCUGCGGAGAUUACCUGGCACAGGUAAGACAUGUUACAUUGCUCUUAAUUAGACCAGCAGGAUGCCUUGACGUUAUUAGUUUAUAAACCUAAUUAAUUUCUUUAAUUUGAUUGCCACUUUACAAUUGGGAAAUAAAUCUUCUGUUACAGAUACAAUUAGAAUUUGCUUAAAAUUGUGUGUUUUCACCUUAGUUUGGAUCAACCGCAACAUCUGGGAUAUUAACGUCUUUCAAUCUGUGUGUGUAUACAUUGAAUAUACAUAGUGUGUGUGUGUAUAGAUUUUAUAUACAUAGUGUGUGUAUACAUUGUAUAUACAUAGUGUGUGUAUAGAUUGUAUAUACAUAGUGUGUGUAUAGAUUGUAUAUACAUAGUGUGUGUAUAGAUUGUAUUACAUAGUGUGUGUGUAUAGAUUGUAUAUACAUAGUGUGUGUAUACAUUGUAUAUACAUAGUGUGUGUAUACAUUGUAUAUACAUAGUGUGUGUAUACAUUGUAUAUACAUAGUGUGUGUGUGUGUGUGUGUGUGUAUAGAUUUUAUAUACAUAGUGUGUGUAUAGUUUCUAUAUACAUAUUGUGUGUGUAUAGAUUGUAUAUACAUAGUGUGUGUGUGUAUAGAUUGUAUAUACGUAGUGUGUGUAUAGAUUGUAUAUAUGUAGUGUGUGUGUGUGUAUAGAUUGUAUAUACGUAGUGUGUGUGUGUGUGUAUAGAUUGUAUAUACGUAGUGUGUGUGUGUGUAUAGAUUGUAUAUACAUAGUGUGUGUGUGUGUGUAUAGACUGUAUAUACAUAGUGAGUGUGUGUGUAUAGAUUGUAUAUACGUAAUGUGUGUGUAUAGAUUGUAUAUACGUAGUGUGUGUGUGUGUAUAGAUUGUAUAUACGUAGUGUGUGUGUGUGUGUGUGUGUGUGUAUAGAUUGUAUAUACGUAGUGUGUGUGUGUGUAUAGAUUGUAUAUACAUUGUGUGUGUGUGUGUGUGUAUAGACUGUAUAUACAUAGUGAGUGUGUGUGUAUAGAUUGUAUAUAUCUAUGCUUGCUUACAAAUCCCUACAUAAUGCUGCUCCAACAUACCUAUCCUCCCUCAUACACAAGUAUGUCCCGUCGAGACCCCUGCGCUCAGCCCAAGACCUACUCCUAUCCUCUGCCCGGAUCCCCACCUCUGAUGCUCGCCUUCAAGACUUCUCCAGGGCUGCACCUAUUCUGUGGAACUCCCUUCCCUCCUCAAUCAGACUUUUACCCAGUCUCCAUUCCUUCAAAAAAUCUUUGAAAACUCACUUCUUCAUUAAAGCAUAUCAAUUAAACUGUCAGCAGGUUUCUCAUACCCCACCCUAUGACUCCGUUCCUUCACCUAUCAAAAAUGACCUACCAAGCACUCAAUAAACCCUUCUGUAACAAACUAUUUAAUUCCCCUACUUUAACCCUUUGUGUCACUAUACCCCACUCCCUCUAGCAUGUAAGCUCAUUGAGCAGGGCCCUCAACCCCCUCUGUUCCUGUACGUCAGUGUCUGAUCUCAGUUAUGUGUCUGAUAGUCCACCCAUUGUACAGCGCUACGGAAUUUGUUGGCGCUAUAUAAAUAAUAAAAUAAUAAUAAUAUACGUAGUGUGUGUGUAUAGAUUGUAUAUACGUAGUGUGUGUGUGUGUGUGUAUAGACUGUAUAUACAUAGUGAGUGUGUGUGUAUAGAUUGUAUAUACGUAGUGUGUGUGUAUAGAUUGUAUAUACGUAGUGUGUGUGUGUGUGUAUAGAUUGUAUAUACGUAGUGUGUGUGUGUGUGUAUAGAUUGUAUAUACAUAAUGUAUAUAUUAAAUCGGAAAUAUUGGUCUAUAUGCCAGACAAGGUAUGCGGGAAGAGAACGCUGAUCUGGCAACUCAUUCUAACACUCCACACCCUGUGUGUACACCUAGCUUUCUGUAUUAUCUUUCUUCAUGACGAUCCUUAAUGAGCAGAUUAGGAUCUUCUAUAACAAAUAAAUGAGGUGUAGUGUUUAAUGGGGUAAUGUAUGAGUGCAGUUACUAUGUAUUUAUUGAGGACAGCGAAGUUUCCACCAGGUAUUGAUCCCUUGACAUUUCCCUAUUACUUAUUUAUCAUUUAUUGCAUGCAAAGGAAAAUGCUGGGGCAAAGGUCUAAAUGUAAGAUCACCAUGGAAACCGAUGGAAUGUUCUACUCACAGUAACUGUAACUGCUGAUUUAUAUAAUAAAUUGCUCAGUUUAUAGAUGUGUUGGUAAACAGGUGGCCAUGUGGAUUAUUUAAAUAGUAAAUGUGUGCACUUUUAUAGACUUGUCCUCACACUGUGCAACCCUACAAAUGUUUGGGGAUCACUCUUUGAUGGUGAAUUGUGAAAUGCAGGAUGAACUAGCCACAUUGUGGGCUAUAGAACAAAGUGUGAUUAGUUCCGAUUUCAGAGUGGCUAUUAGCCACAAUAGCCGAAUUAGGAAAUCCUCCUAGUCAGCCAUGCUUCUAGUUCAGAUCUUCUGACCUACAAAUGUAGAUAUAUUUUAUAUUCACAAUGAUUCACACAUCGUUAAAUAGUUUUGUAAGACAUUUUUAAGAAGUUUUAUACAUUUUUCCAAAUCAUGCAUUUUUAAAGCACUUUCCAACUUACUAUAAUUUGGUGUUUUGCUGCAUAAAAUUUAAAUCUAAUGAAACUGUGCUAUUUUUGUAUGUGUGUGUCCAUCUAUGUAUCUGGAAUUCGUUCUCUUGGCACGGCAAGGGUUAAAUUUUCCAAUUAUCCAGUUGAUCUUGCAUUUCUGACAUUUUGUCGCCGUUUCCUGAAGAACCUGUUUUCAUGUUUAAGUUGUGUUGGAAAUGUAACUAGUUACACAUUACACAGUUACACUGUUACCGGGCAUGUAUUGUUUGCACUCUACUUUGAAACAUUUAGCAAAAUGUGUGUCUCUCUGCGGCCCUGCCCCAGGGAGAUCUAUCUGAUUAGGGACCAAAUUCCUCCCUUUGAGCCAGAGGAUGGAAUAUUUCUGUUCAAACUGGACUGUGCUGAUUUUCACUGAUAAAGGGUCAGUCUAAGAAGCAGUUCUAUUGGAGAUAGGAGUGCCCUGGCAGUCCCCUGCUCCAUUUUUCAAUAGUUCAACAGGUGUCUGUGGUUCAACGGCCUCCUCAGACACUAACGAGGACUUUCUGUCAAUUACAAGCAUGGAGCUAAAAUCCAAACUUUGCACUGGGUUCAUUGAUGAUUAAUCAGAAUUUAACACUUUGACUGGAAUUCUUCAAGUUCUCUCUUGAUGAAUGUGACCCAUUCUGGGGGUAAAGUGCUUAUUACAUCAUGGAGCAGUCACCAUAGAAACCAAUGUAAUGCGGGUUGACUCGUUUUAGAACUUUAAAACGUAACUAUCUCCAUGUAUGGUAUGUUGAGUUUGGGCCAGCUUCUAGUAUGGGAGUUAUGUGUUUGAUUUGUAUCUGUUCAUGAAUAUAUACUGCGUUAUUCGCAAAGUUUACUAGUGGUCCCGUGUAUUUCUCUCUCACCUUAAAUUCAGUAUAUACAGAGAUAACGUAGCCAAAAUACAAUGCAUAUUGUGCUUUAGUGCCCUCCUAUUAUUACAUAUUUUUGGCUGUAUGACUCCUCAAUCCACCAACACCCAGCUCACAGCUCUAAUUAGUAUGAAUAACCGGAUGGUAAGCUCAGCAACAAAUCAACAUUAACUAAAAAGCCAGGUGUGUAUGGUCCCAGAGGUGCGGUCGGAGGAGGAAUACGAAUCUCUGAGGGUUUAAGUUUCCCAUAUCGUGUGUGAAACCAUUUACCUUGAGUACACAUCACUGGGAGUGCGACACCUGUUUGGGACCUGUUCCUGUGUAAAGAUAAUACGUGACCACACUGGUGUCUUAACCAGGGACACGGGAAAAUAUGAACAUACAAACAUAUGUCGAGGAUGGUUUGGAUUGCAUCGUUGGUUAAUCUGUGUUCAUUUGACAUGUCUCUGAUUAUCAUGCUUGUGUUGCGUACUGUAAUCUCUAUUGUUAUCCCACAUGGACGUAAAACAUUGCACGUCCGUUCACUGCUUUGAGUUUUCUGUAUUUUUACUUUCUACAGUUGUAACAUGCAUCAUUCAAGCUAAAUCACUUAUAUACCCCGUGGCAGCCCUAUUCCAUAAAUUGCACCCCUCAUAUUAACAAAAUGUUUGUAAUUAAUAUUGUUGCAGCUAUUUCAGAUGUGUACAUUGUUCUCUGCCCCAUCUCCACUUUUACUCUGCCCAAGGCUCCCCUGCUUCUCAUGUGCCCCAGUCAUUUUAGUAUAUACAGUGCAGAUACACAGAUCAAAAACACUGACACAUAGAUACACUGACACACAUGCAGAUACAGAGACCUACAGAUAAAAGCACUGCCACACAUGCAGAUACAGAUUUUGUUAGUUUUUCUUUUUUUUUAAACACCUAAUUUAGGCAAAAAAAAAAAAUGGGGGUUUAGUUACAUUAUAUGAUCAUACAUUGCAUAAGCCUGCCACAUCGUCAAUGUACCCCAUCUUUGGCAGGUCCUACUCUAACAGCCAAAUGUCUGCUAAACGAGCUUCUUACUUGUGGAAAAAAAAUCAAUCUCAAGUUAUCUGCAGUACAAGGCUAAAUAGGGCCCUGGGGUGAGGCACCGGUGACAGGGAGGGCUGCAGAACCAGGGAGCUGGCUAGUAGCUCAUUUAGCAGACAUUUGGCUGUUAGAGUAGGACCUGCCAAAGAUGGGGUACAUUGACGUUGUGGCAGGCUUAUGCAAUAUAUGAUCAUAUAAUGUAACUAAACCCCCAUUAUUUUUUGCCUAGAUUUGGUGUUUAAAAAAACUAACAAAAUCUGUCAGCACCAAAGUAGCUGUUUAGUAUAUAAGCGAGUGCGCUGGAUUUUUAUUUUUACUGUACUUAUUGCCCCAGCAGCACCCUAUUUAAGCAUGCUUAGAGUGCAGUCAACCACUUGUUUUCUCACACAUGCAGAUACAGACACACAUAUACAAACACUGAAACACAUAAAGAUACACACAGAAAUAAUGGCGCACACACAGAUACAGACAUACCAUACAUACAUACGUUGUCACACAUAAAGAUACAGAGAUCCAAACACUGACGCAAAGAAACACACACGCAGAUACAGACACAAAGAUAAAAACACUGCCACACAUGCAGGUGCACAGAAACCUAGAUAAAGACUGCCACACAUGCAGCGACACUCACUGGCACACAGAUACAUUGACACACACAUAUAUACAGAUUCAAAACACUGACAUACAUACAGAUACAAAUACAGAUACACACUGUAGCAGAGCCCUAGUCCUAACAGGGACUCUCCUCCGCUGGUUACACCAAAGUACAGUCAGGCACAGUAAAAUAAUCAAAGAAUCUCCCAUCUUCUUCCCAGCAACUGGACAACACUCAGCUCUAUAACUAUAACUGAAUUUUACUGACACAUACACGGUUUUUAUGCCAUCUUCCAUGCAAGGGGUUUCACAAGCAGAAAAUGCAGGGAAUUUAAUCCCAAGAUCCUCAAUGCCUAAGAGAUAAUUGCCUGAGUAAACUCCUCCUAAUUGAAUUAUUUCCCAGGCACAGAAAUACCAGAAAAUAUCCUGUACUCCAACCAUACAUAGGAACCCCACAAAAAGCACAUUCACCGAUAGCCCCGAUCUGAGUGACCAACAUAUCCAAGAAUCACUCGGUUUGGCAGAACGGGAAUGCUAUCGUAAUGAAGUUUUGACCGGCCAGACACGAGGGGUUAGCCCAAAAUAGUAACAGAGAAAUAGGUGUCCAGGCCAGUCUCCGUUCAUUAGGUUCCUGUGCAAAAACCAUACAAGGGAAUCUCUAGCUUUCAGGAUACGAAUGCUCCCCCUGUUCGGUAAUAUAAAUCUCCUGAACGCCAUUCGUGUAAGUGGUCGGGAACAGGAACGGGUCACAAGUUUACCGGUGUUCGCGCGAGUGCCUAGCCGAAAAGAGUUCCAGGCACUCGAGGACCAAGUACCACUGCCCUAGUUCGGGAGACAAGAUGGCCACCAUUCUCUCUGCCACAUGUUCGUUUAUAUGAAAUGGUGGCCACCCAUGGGAAGAACUCAUUAAUUGUUUCCCUUGCGGUUUUCACACUUAAGGGGCUGGUGUCAAUGUUCUAAUCGGGCAUGUGACGGACCGCCUGACACCCCGACUGGGUGCCUCCAUCAGUCGAUGCUCCUAGUGCUUACCGAGGACUCCAAGCACUCCACCAGACACCGUAAGCACUGUAGUCCCCACGUCCAGCUUGGCUGGGAACUCACCAUCCUCCACCCACCUUGGACUCAAGACCAGGAUCCAGCUUCCAGCUCUUAUAAGAGCUAGUGAUUAUAAUCCCAGGGGCGUAUAGUGAUCUAGCAAUCCCCAGGGUAGAUACAACCAUUUCCCCCACACAUGAGAUCAGACUCUAUGUUGAGGAUAAGCAGGAACUCAAUUUAAUGGUGUCACACUGGCCUUUUAUGAAAGUCCCCAAGCAAGGUACGGCCACAUGGACCUUGUUGGGGACAGGGAUACAAAGCUUACAAACCAAUAAAAACAGUACUUAAAUGUACGACACUCCCAUAACAAACAUACAAUCCCUUCCCUCUGCCUGUGAGAUAAUUGAGUCAGAUACUAUAUUAACCCAAUUACCUCCAGGCAGAAAAAACACAUAUUUUACAAAAUCCCCAAAGUACCCCAAAAACACAUAAAAUCCCCACAAUUAUUACAUCCCCUGAUAGCCCUGAUCUGGGUGACCAACAUAUCCAAAAAUCACCCAGCUCAGUUUAGGGAUUCAUGAAUUCUAUAAAAGUCCCAUUUUGACCAACCGCAUGCAUGGUUUCAUGCCCAAAACUGUUCCAGAGAAUCAGGCUGUGCGGCUGGUCUACUUCGAGGAUUCGAAACAACGUUUUGAAUAACUGAACGAAGCCGUCCGUGGAUAUAGUCAGUGAAUGUCUCUUGUUCUGGGGCAUCUUCUUACCGAACGCCGUUCGACUCCCAUUCAAAGAGCCGAACAUCCAUGGAAGGUAACGUUUUAGCAUUGAGUGUCCGAUUUGAGUUCCAUGAACUCAACGGCCAAACACAGUUCAUUGUACUCGCGGCUUAAGAUGGCCACCACCACGUGUUCGAAUGUUGAAUGGCGGCCACUUCGACUCACUUCGACUGUUCAGGAGUACUGUACCAGUCCAAAAGGGGCACAAACAGUAUCUUUAACCCAAAGUUCACCACAGGGGCCAUAGUCACAGGGCAGGAGGCUGGCAAACAGGCCCCUCCAAAAACCAGUGGCGAGGUCAAUUUGGGGUGGCCCUUGUGCGGGAGACGAAUGGAUCCUGUUCGUAUGAAGUCUUCCGAACGGCCAAAGACGAACCACUCUGAAUAACAGGGGAAAAGACACAGUACUGUAACGGGGGUUAUGGACAGCCAAAUAAGGGAAUAAACGUAGCUGGUAAGUUUCUAUUCCGAUACACACACACACAAAUACACACAGAGUUGACCACAAAGAUUCAAACACUGGCACACAUGCAGAUACGCAGAAACAAACAUCAGCACACAUGCAGACAAACACACCCUGUCACACAUGCAGAUAUACACACACACAGAUACAAACACUGCCAGACAUACAGAUACAGACACACAUCUAGAAACACAGAUACAAAUACUGACACACAUCUAGAUACAGAUAAAACCCUGACACACAGGCAGCUACACUGUCACACAGAUACAGACAUACAUACAUCCAUGCCUUUCCUACCCUUUAGACUUUCUCCCCGGCUACUGAAUAAGAGGUGGAUGCUCUUCUCCUUUCCUCUCGUCCCACCACUUGCCCACUUGAUCCUGUCCCAUCUCACCUUAUUAGAGCUAUGUCCCCUUCUUCUGAGCUCCUUGUCUUUCCUUCUCCUAAUACUGAUCCUCUUCUUUCACUCUCCCUUCAGGUUAGUGCUAUCCACACAAGUCCAUCCUUGCAGGCGUGCUGUCUUGGCAUUUUUCUUGAUUCUGGCCUCACCAUACAUACAUACAGUAUGUUUCUAAAUCCUGUAGAUUCCAUCUUAAAAACAUAGCCCGCAUCCGCCCCUUUCUUACACAAGAUGCUACUAAGGACCUUGUCCAUGGACCUUGUCCUUGUCCUUGCUCUAGUAAUUUAUUGCAUGGAUUAUUGUAACCCUCUCCUUAUUGGUCUUCCUAGAAGCCACAUUGCCCCUGUGGCGGAAUUAACCCAUGUUCCUUUGACUGUGACAAACCCCCAGGUCACUGGACUACUAUGUUCCCCUGGUUUGUUUAGUAAAACCACAUUCACCUAGUUUUGAUCCUUGUUUUGUUCGACAACCGAACAAAACCACGAAAGAUCCUGACCACCCGUAUGCUUUUUAACCUCUAUCACCCCUGUUAACACUCCAAUAAUGGUUCACACCUCAGUGUUCUAAACGGUCGAUUGGGUGGCCGACUGACCACUACCCCAGAUUCUAUGGAACUAUUUUGGGCAGGAGCCUCAUGUGCAGUCAGUCAAAACUUUGCCCCGGUGGCAUUUUGGCUGUGUUUGUGGGAUGUGAGCCCUCUUCGAAUAUGUUGUGCGCUCAGAUCCAAGCUAUCCAGGGAUACAAGACUUGAGGGGGUACAUGGUUGUUUUAUGUGUGUUUUGGGGUGUUGUAAAAAUUUUAGAUUUUUCUGUACCUGAGCAAUAAUGUAAUUAUGUUUUUUUCCCAGGUAAUUAUCUCUCAGGCACAGAGGAUCAUGGGAGGGAUUACCCUGUAAGUUUGUAUGGGAAACCCCAUGUAGGGGCUUUUGCAUAAUAGGCCUUGUGGGGCCCUGAAUAAACCAGUUGAUUCCCAGAACUUACUGGGUUACUGGGAGAUUGGGCUAUUUCUGCUAAACAGUGUUUCCUUUCCAGCUUCAGAGAACACCAGUGGAGAUUUUGGAUUUUAUUAAUGCAGCUCUGCUACAAUUGGUGGCAAGCAACGGGAUACAGACCCACAGUGUAAAGAAGCCACGGUUCGGUGGUUAUUUAUAUACGAAUGGAGAAACAAAUGGAGACAAACUACUCCGUUCUCAAAGGAACAACCUUAAAGGAACUGUUGUAAGCAAGAGGUAAGGUAGCCAGCAACAAAACGAAAGCUACUCUUAUCGCUGAAUUGAUGGAGGGAGACCAAGCCAGCAGCGCUGCACCUCCACUAACUAUGGAUGAAACAGCGUUCCAGAGGGAAAUAAAGACAAGGCUGGCAUUUUACAGUGGAACUCCCUCAAAGGAAACAGUGACCUGAGUUAUGGCAGACGCACAGGACUAUUUAAUGGCCAGACAGCAGCAGGCAACACAGCUACAGAUGGCAAACCGGCAGUCCAGAGAGGAAAGACAACAGCAGGCAACACACAGAUGGCAGACCAGCAGACUAGAGAGGGAUCACCAGCAAUGUUCGUCAUCUCAGAGGGAAAAAAACAAAAAUCCCCUAUCAUGCAUUUAAGUCUUUCUCGGACACGGAAGAAGAAAUUAAUGGCUUCCUCCAGGAUUUUGAAAGGUUGUGCCAUCUGCACAACAUCGGCCGUGAGGACUGGAUCCACUGUUGGCAAGAAAACUGUCUGGACGCACAGCCGAGGCAUAAAGGGCAGUACCCGAUGAGGACAGCAAAAACUAUACCCGGGUCAAGCAAGCUAUUUUUGCGCGGUAUUCCAUCGCACCUGAGGCAUACCGACGGCGAUUUCGGGAACUGAGAAAGUGGAAAAAGACUCACACGCAGAGUGGGCAUGUAGACUCCAAAGAGCUGCAAUGGGGUGGGUGCAGGCCACCCAAGCCACAACCAUGGAGGAGCUGCUCCAGCUUAUACUUCUGGAGCAGUUCUUCAAUGGGCUGGAACCAGAAGUACAAGAGUGGGUGAGGGACCGUAACCCCCUUACCUUCACAGAAGCAGCCCGGCUGGCAGACGAACACCACGACGCCAGGCACCACCACGACCACCACCCCACUUAUUUUCUAGCCGGGCUAUUUUGCACCACGGCAUACAAACAUAGAAACAUAGAAUGUGACGGCAGAUAAGAACCAUUUGGCCCAUCUAGCCUGCCCAAUUUUCUAAAUACUUUCAUUAGUCCCUGGCCUUAUCUUAUAGUUAGGAUAGCCUUAUGCCUAUCCCACGCAUGCUUAAACUCCUUUACUGUAUUAACCUCUACCACUUCAGCUGGAAGGCUAUUCCAUGCAUCCACUACCCUCUCAGUAAAGUAAUACUUCCUGAUAUUAUUUUUAAACCUUUGUCCCUCUAAUUUAAGACACUGUCCUUUUGUUGUGGUAGUUUUUCUUCUUUUAAAUAUAGUCUCCUCCUUUACUGUGUUGAUUCCCUUUAUGUAUUUAAAUGUUUCUAUCAUAUCCCCCCUGUCUCGUCUUUACUCCAAGCUAUACAUGGUAAGAUAACCUUUCCUGGUAAGUUUUAUCUCGCAAUCCAUGAACCCGUUUAGUAGCCCUUCUCUGAACUCUCUCUAAAGUAUCAAUAUCCUUCUGAAGAUACGGUCUCCAGUACUGUGUACAAUACUCCAAGUGAGGUCUCACCAGUGUUCUGUACAAUGGACCACCUGCACCAGCACCACAUCAUUAUCUAUUGUUAUCUGUGUUCUGCUAUCUGUGUGUAGACUGUGCUAGACAAGUUUUUUGGUUUAUUUAGAUUUGAUUUUUCUCCUAUUGUAACUGAAUGUGAGUUCAUUACAAACACUGAGUUGUUCUGAAUUGGAAGUUGUUUUUUUUAUUUAUUUAUUCUUUAUUCAUUUUUUGACUAUUAUUGACAAAAAAAUAGAAAAACAGACAUAGAAAAAAUCGACGGUACAAAACAUAGUCAAUUUAAAAACACUCCUCCCUUUCAUAAGAUCACUGUAGUGGAGCUCCCUGUACCCCGGCUCGGUGCCUCUCUGCCAAUGGACCGCUUCCUAGCUGGAACAGGGGACAAACCGCAGCACUUCUGCCCACAGUCGCCGUGGCUGGACUGGGGCCCUGGAACUGCUCCUUCCUGGAGCCAAAUGGGGAAUGAGUUCUAGUCCUUACAAGGAGACACAGGAGCAAAUCUUCUUUCCCCCCAAUAACAGGAAGACACACAGUUUUGGAGUGUAAGCAGGAAUAGAAGGUUUAAUGGCCACACUGUUCUUUUAAAGUUCAAUUCCCCAGGCCAGGAGAGCACCCCCUGGACCUGAUGGAGCACCGAAUUACAAGAUGUACAAACCAAUAAAAACAAUGUACAGUGUCUGACACUCCCACAUACAGUAAACAAUCCCUCCCCUCUGCCUGUGAUAUAAUUAAAGUAGUUAAUACAUAAACCUAAUUAUCCACAGGCAGAAAAAAAACACAUUUACAAAGUCUAGAAAACACCCCAAAACAUAACAUAUCUCCAUAAAUAUUACAUCGCUGGAUAGCCCUGAUCUGGGUGAACAACAUAUCCAAGAAUCACCCAGAUAAGAGCAGGGGUUCAUGAAAUUCCUGGAAGUCUCUUUUGACCGACUGCGCGCAGGAUUUCAUGCCCAAAACAGUUCCAGGGAAUUAGGCUCUGCAGCCGGUCUAUUUUCAAUGUCUAAGUUCCGUUCGAAUAGUCGAACAUAGUCAACGUUAAAGUGCCGUAUGAAUUAUCGAACACCGUUCGACUCCCUUCGAAGAGUCGAAGUCCCGGAGAAGGUAAAGUUCAGCGGUUUUCGUGUCGUCGCGUGUCCGAUUUGAGUUCCAUGAACUCAAUGACAGAACACCGCUGAACACGUUCGACUAAACAAGAUGUCCACCGCCACGUGUUAGACUAUACAAACGGUGACCACUCAGCCGUCAUCAAUUUGGCUGCAGUUGACUACCAGCCUGGUCCGGCUGUUCGGUGGUUUGAAGUGGCACUUCAAACCACUUCGAAAGUUUGAAUAACAAUUGUUUAAAGUCCCAAACAGGCAUAAAUAGUAUCUUUAAAGGGAAACUCCAGUGCCAGGAAAACAAUCCGUUUUCCUUGCACUGCAGGUCCCCUCUCCCUCCCACUCCCCAAUCCCCUUCAGUAACUUACCUGAGGCAGCGACGAUGUCCCUCGUCGCUGCUUCCUCCUCCGCCGCCGCUCCUCCUCUGCAUUGCGUCGGCCAGUGGGCGAGAUUGAUGCCCCCGGCAAUGCCGCGCAUGCACAUUAGCACUCCCCACAGAAAGCAUUGAAAAUGGGGAAAUGAGCGACGCUGCAGGUCCUCACAUAGCUUGAGGACGUCCAGCGACGCUCUAGCACAGAAACCAGGAAGUGCCCUCUAGUGGCUGUCUAGUAGAAAGCCACUAGAGGUGGAGUUAACCCUGCAAUGUAAUUAUUGCAGUUUAUAAAAAACUGCAAUAACUACACUUGCAGGGUUAAGAGUAGUGGGAGUUGGCACCCAGGCCACUCCAAUGAGCAGAAGUGGUCUGGGUGCCUGGAGUGUCCCUUUAACCACAGUAACUUAAAGGGGCCAUAGUCACAGGGUAAAAGGCUGUUAAGUAGUCCCCUCCAAAAACCCGUGGCAGAUUCAGCUAAAAGGGGGAGUUUGCCACAAUCACACAAUCCCAAUCUGCUCCUCCUUUUUACUAAAAAGAAGGAAUAUAUAAAACUACAUACAUGUCCGGCAGGGCAGCUCCUAGAGAGAUUAAAUAUCAUCACAUCUUAUUCUACGGUAUUUAUUUAUCAUGCUCACUCAGGGAUCGAUUUUAUCCAUUGGUCCCAUUUGUAAUUCCUCUUCAGAGUAAAAUUUUGGUACUUUUCUAUUCCUUUUUCCAUAUUUAAUUGGAAGAGUUGAUUUUUUUUAACCUCGAUCCAUAAUGGCGGAAUACAGAAUUUCCAUUUCCUAGCUAUACUGAUCUUUGCUGCCAGCAAAAUAUGUACCACUAUGUCAUACUCCGCUUUAGUCAUUUUUGGAAAAUUUAAAUUUAAUAAAUCGGAUUCUGGCUUUAAUGAGAGUUUGAUGUUACUUAUUGCUUGGGCUUUAUCCUUUAUCUGUCCCCAAAACCUCUGAAUCGGUUCACAUUUCUACCAUAUAUGUAAUAAAUCGCCUUUGUGCGAUUCGCAACUCCAACACCAAUCAGUGUGGCCAGACCACAUCCUGUUUAGACGACUAGGAAACAGAUAAGUACGAUUAUUGAUCUUAAAUUGCAUCUCUGUUAAAGUCAGGCAUAUUACUGAUUUACAAACUUUUUGAAAAGCUCUUAUUAAUUCUUUUUGAGUGAGUGAGUGAGUGAUUAAUAGAUCAUUUAUUGUCCUUACCCUGAAUUGGAAGUUGAAUUGCAAAAUUUUGGCAAAAAAAAUAUGAUGAUAAUAGUUGGAUAAUAUUUUUUCAAACCACUUAUUUUAAGGGGGGAAAAAAUUGUCAUUUCACCAAACAAUGAAUUAUGGUGAAUUGGAAAUUGCAAUAUGUAGACCAAAUUGAAUGAAUUGUGGUUUGUUAUGUUUUUUAUGGUUUUUAAAUCUUUUACUAAUCUUUUACUGACAUUUUUUUCCUGUGCCAUUUUUGACCUUGGUUUGGCAGUGCUUAAGCCAUGCUGAAAUAUUUACAACAAACUGUACUACUACCAAGCAAAGGUUCGGUUCUAUACAUUACAUCACUAAGCAGUAGGUUUUGUCUGUUUGGGUGGCUCAGUAUUAUUAAAAACUACUGAAAGUACAACUAUAAUAAUUACAGACCAUAGCAAUAAACCUCUCUGAUAAUGUAAAAUGAAUGAUAUAUAAUCAUUUCCUCUACCAGUAAAACUUACAUCAUAGCAGUAAAGUACUCCAAACCCAAUAUUGAAGGAAUUUAUUGGGAUUAAAUCGGGAAAGCAACACCACAGAUUUACAAAGGCAGAUAAAUGGAAAUGCGGUGAGGGAUACAGUGAUUUCCUAAAGAAAAUGUUUUAGUGUAUGUAAAGAAAUGAUACAGAAUGAGUUAAAACCUGGAGAACCGUUACAAAUACAAUGUGUACAGAGAGCCGUAUUGCGCACACAUUGUAUGUGGAUUGGAGACAUUGUGGAAUUUGGAGAAGGUCUAAAAACUGGGCAGAAGCCAUGCUCGCUGGGUAUAUUGAAGAAUGUACAGAAUGGAAACAUGAAAAACCCACCACACUGUUUACACCCAUUUGUGUUGGAGUGUCCCUAUGAAAGCCCAGCUUGUAUAAUUAGCACUUGACUGUCUCAAAACAAAUCAUUUACAGCCUGUGAGUUUGGAUCUGAUGUCUUCGACGUUCUCCUUCCUUAACCAGAUUCACAGUUUUAUAAAUCAUUCUAACCGUUCCCUGGUAGAAGCUUGCGUUCAAUAAGUACUUACUAUGUUGUAAAAUGUCAGCUGUACAGAGUCAUUAAAUUGAGAUCUUUCACAAAAAAAAGCUGCCUUCUAUGAAAACACAAAUUUUACAUAUUGUUUUAGUGUGUGUGCAGCAAUGAAUGCGUUAAAAGUUCCAUGUACAUUGUCCAUUGAUGGAAACAUUGUGUUCGCAUCAGCUUUUGGGAAACGCACAAUUUGUCCAUAUUUGUGAUGCACUUUUUUAUUUUCCUCACAGAUAUUCCCAUAAAUGGCGAAUUUUAAGGGUCACGCCCUGCCGGGCAGCUUCUUCAUUGUCUUUGGGUUGUGGUGGUCCGUGAAGCACCCUAUCAAAUACUUAAACAAAAAGAACAAAGGUCUCUCCCGCUUCAACAGAUUUUAUCAGCGGCUGGACCUCAUAGAGGGAAUAACCAAAGCUGUAUUUGCACUUGUGGGUAAGUGAUUGGCUGGGCAAGGCGGGGAGAUAUAAGGAUGGACUAUUUGUUAUUGGUAAAUGAUCGGCUGCCACAGUUUAUUUAACCCUUUAAGGACCUCGGACGUAUAAGGUACGUCCAACAAAAAAACUGUCGUUAACGACCUCGGACGUACCUAAUACGUCCGCAGCGAAUUAUAACCCUGGAAGCGAUCAUGAUCGCUUCCAGCCGCUCUGAUGGUAUUGCAGCGAUGCCUCGAUGUUGAGGCAUCCUGCAAUACACCCCUCACUGCCGGGCCGCUGGGUGAUAGCUCCCCUGGAGCUCCACGUGGCGCCUGACAGUAAGGCAGAGCAACGGAAGCCAUCAGACCGGCGUCCGAUGCUCUGCCUGUGCUAAGUGUCUCGAGGGGUCGAGGCACUCAGUGAAUAAUAAAAUAAUGUAAAAAUGUUUUUUAAACAAUUUAAAAUAAAUAAAUAAAUUUUAACCAUCCAUUCCCAUUCACUUAUCCGAUCACCACCGGCGAUUGGUCUUCUUCUCAACUGGGUUGACUGUCUGACAGCCCAGACAAUCCCCCCUCUGCAAAGGGCCAUGUGAUCGCUCAUGGCCGCAAUAGGCGUCCAUAGUGUUGCCUGCAGGGCGACUGCCUGAACUAACAGGCAAUCCCCCUGCUGGUGAAAAAAGUUUAAAAAAACAUUUAAAAAAAAAAAAUAAACUUAAUAAAUUAAAUAUAAAUAAAUAAAAUCUAUAUAUAAUAUGUAUAUAUGUGUGUGUGUAUAUAUAUAUCUUGUAUAUAACGUCAUACUAAGUGUAUUUUUUUAUUAAUAUAUACAUAUAGUAAUAUAAAAAUACACUUAGAGUAAAAUUACACGUGUGUGUGUGUGUGUAUAUAUAUAUAUAUAUUAUAAAAAAUAAAUAAUAAUGAAUUAAAAAAAUAAAACAUUUAAAAUAAUAAAAAAGUUUUACAUUAUAUAUAUAUAAUUUUAAUUUUAUUCUAACUGUAUUUUGAUAUUAAUAUAUAUAUUUAUAAUUAAAUACCCUUAAAUACCCUUAGAAUGAAAUUAGUCGGUUCACGACAUCUCUAUUUGCUAGCACUAUAUUUAACCCUGUAACUUUCCAAGACACCCUAAAACCGGUACAUGGGGGGUACUGUUUUACUCGGGAGACUUCGAUGAACACGAAUAUUAGUGUUUCAAAAUAGUAAAACAUAUCACAGCGAUGAUAUUGUCAGUUAAAGUGACGUUAUUUGCAUUUAACACACACAAACAGCACUUUCACUGAUGAUAUCAUUGUUGUGAUACCUUUUACUGUUUUUAAACACUAAUACUUGUGUUCAGCGGAGUCUCCUGAGUAUAACAGUACCCCCCAUGUUCAGGUUUUAUAGUGUUUUUGAAAGUUACAGGGUCAAAUAUAAGGCUUGAUUUUUCAAUUUCUUUCAAUUUCCCAGAUUGGUUAUGUUGCCUUUGAGAGUGUAUGGUAGCAUACCAUUUGCAAAAGAAGACAAUCCAAGGUAUUGCAAAUGAGGUAUGUUCAGUCAUUAUUAGUAGCCACUUAGCAUUCAUAAUAGUUUUUUGCAUUUUUAACACACAAACCAAUAUAAAUGCUAGCUUUGGCCAGUGUUUGUGACUAAGAUGCUACUAAAAGAGACUGGACAUACCCCAUAUUGACUACCCUGGGUUGUUUACUUUAAAAAAAACAUAUGGUUUAAUGGGGGUAAAUUACAUUGGCCGGCCUCAAAAAUAUCCCAAAUAGGAUAUGGGUGCAUAAUGAUCAGUUGUGAAAAUUCCAAGUUGGAAAACUGGAAUGUGCACCCUUCAAAUAAGGUCUUUUUUCCCCUAGAGAACCCGACAAACCUAUACAUGGGUGAUAUCACUGUACUCAGGAGAUGUUGCUGAACACAUAUUGGGGUGUUCUUUGGCAGUAACCCUUAAAGUUCUCACUAUAUGUAUUCUUAAAUUGCUAUGUGUGUCAAAAAAAUCACCAAUUAUUAUUAUUAUUUUUUUAAAUUUGGCAUAGAUCGGUGGUAAAAUGGUUGAAUGAAAAGAGUCAAAAUACCCCAAGUUUAAUACCUUAGGUUGUCUUCUUUUAAAAAAACAUAUACAUGUAAAGGGUUAUUCGGGGAUUCCUGACAGAUAUCAGUGUUACAAUGUAACUUGUGUUAAUUUUGAAAAAUAAUGGUUUGGAAAUAGCAAAGUGCUACUUGAACUUAUUGCCCGCGUUUCUCCAGCAAUCAGGCUCAGAACUCACAAGAAUGCGCCUGUUCAGCUCCUCGGCUAAUGUCCAGCUGUCUUGUGAGAACUGAAAUAGAAAGAAUAUGAUUUAGACAAAGUAUUACACAAGCGCUUUUGUUUUAACUGCAAUUCUUAGAUUAUUCCCAUCCUUAGGGGCCAAGGCUUCUGCUAUUUAUACCAAAUCCUUCAACUAUCAUCACGCUCAACCGGGUGAUACCUGCAUGGCUGUAUAGCUACAGUCCAGUAUCCAGCUACUUUCUAGAUAAACCAAGACAGCCCUCAAACCCUUAGUGUGCUCUACUUUCUGAUGCUUCCUAACCCUUGACCCAAAUACCCACCAACACCAGCACUAACAGCAACAUUAAACAUGGGGUAAUUCUGAAUAAUGAGCUUAUGAAUGCUCACUGCAAUGCCAUGCACAUUAUACUCUUUAGAUGGACUCCACAGGGCUGCUGUCUGUUACAGUCAUACAAUGUGUGUUUGUGUUUCAUUCUGCCCAGUAUGACAGUACGGGUGGUUGGCUGACCGCCUCUGUUUCUGUUACUAUAUUUAUAGUGUUUGUGUCUUAUGAUGUUGUCUGUAGGUAUUCUGGCUGAGCAGUUUGUUCCAGAUGGACCUCACAUGCAUCUUGUCAAUGGGGAGGAUCACAGCUGGGUGAAACUGAUGAACUGGCAACAUUCCACCAUGUACCUGUUCUAUGGCAUCUCGGGGGUGGUGGAUAUUCUGACUUACCUUCCUCUGAAGGUGCCAGUGGGCAUGGACCGACUCUUCUUGAGCCUGGCCGUGUUCAUUGAAGGUAAGUCUGCGGACAUUGACUUUGCCUCUCCAACAACUCGUACUGGAUAUAACUCUUAGCACCCUCAUACAAUACAAUUCUGUACAUUUCAAGGGUUCCUGUAACAGAAUGGUAUUAAAGGUGUUUAAAAUCUCCUGAUUCUUAACGUGAUGGCCAAUGUUAUACUUCAACGUCUUUCCUUUUUGCUGCAGGUCUGCUCUUUUAUUACCACGUACAUAAUCGCCCAGCACUUGACCAGCACAUUCAUUCCCUGCUGCUCAUUGCCGUCUUCGGAGGUUCAAUCAGCAUUAUGAUAGAAGUGUUUCUACGGGACCACAUUGUGCUGGAGUUGUUCAGAAGCAGCCUGGCUCUUCUCCAGGGUACCUGGUUCUGGCAGGUGAGUCCCAGCAGAGGAGACUGGUUCAUAGGGGCAUGAUAUCUCCUUUCUUUUCUCUCUCUGUUGGUCUUUUCCAUCUUCCCACUACCAGUUUCCCCAAACUCUCCACUGUCUGUAGCCUGUAUUAUACCUCCGGAAGGAGAGUCCCUAUUUUUGGUCAAAAUACCUCCAUAUUUUUGGUGUGUCUGAGUCUAUAACAGAGCUCCACAGCAAUAAUACUCCCCAUACAAUACUACAAUAAAUGUAUUUAGAAAUCAGUCUGUGUAAAUAAGAUACAUUGUUCUUUUUCUAAAUUAUAUUUUAGUUUUAUAAAUUGUUAUUAGUAAAUCACUUACAAUUCCUCAGAAUAGCCAGCCCCUGUCCACACCCCCAAAAUUUGUUUUCCUCUUUGUCCAUUUAAAAUGUUGGGAGGUAUGCUGCAGCUGCACAUUUGUGAUGGGAGUUAUCUGAGCAGUAGGUGUGGUGCGAUGUGUCUGAGCAGUGGUUGUGAUGGGAGUUAUCCGAGCAGUAGGUGUGAUGGGAUGUAUCUGCGCAGUAGUUGUCAUGGGAGUUAUCCGAGCAGUAGGUGUGGUGCGAAGUGUCUGAGCAGUGGUUGUGAUGGGAGUUAUCUGAGCAGUAGUUGUGAUGGGAUGUAUAUGGGCAACUGGUUUGGGUGUGAUGAAUGUUAUGUAAUUCACAUUACAAUUGGGCUAAUUUUGACUUUUUUGAGUCACUUUUAAAGGGACUCCAUAAUAAAACUGUUCCACCCUGCCUGUCUCACACUGACAUUUUAUAACCCAAGUUCUUUUUUUUUUUUAUAUUAAACUUUUUUAUUUAUUUUUUUUAUUCUCUUUUUAUUGAGUUUUCAGAUGAAGAGAAACAGGUAAGGUUCAGUGCACAGUAUAGGUAAAGCAUGAAACAUCGAUUUUUUUUUUUUCAAUUUGAGUUAACAAACGGAAUAAUGUAACAGGGUGAGAAAGCGAUGAACAGUCAGCAAUCCCUAAAGCGUCAUCUUUGUUAUUGUGAGCACAGAUCAAUUCGAUAACUAUUUUUUCCCCUUCCUUCCAGUGUCCCUAAUUGUAAAUCUUUGUGUCUAUACUAUGCCUUAAGAAGGUACAGGUCCAGAAAUCUAGGAUGUGUGGUGAGCUUAACCAUAACAUAAUGCUUCCCUUAUGGGAAUGUUGUAGAUAGCCUAUCCAAGUUUGACAUGUUUUCCAGAAAGUCUCAGUAAGAAGCUGAGUCAAUGGACAUGUGUCCAUAGAUGUGGUAUUGAUUGACUUUGUCUAUCAGUUGGUGGUUAGAAGAGCAAGUUGCUUGUUUCCAGUGGAGUGCAAUCCUAGUUGCGAGUAUAAUUAACAUAUCCAAUUUUUUAUAAGCCAUGGAUCUACCCGCAGGAAAAAGAAGGAACAGAUAUGUAUAUAGGUCAGUAGGUAGGAUUGAGAAUUGAACAGGUUUUUUACAUUUUUCCCAUAAUGGCAGAAUUUCCAGGCAGUUCCACCAUGUGUCAUGGUGCCUUCAUCUGCUCUACAUCUCCAACAAAAUGGUGGUACUGAGUCCAAAAUCUUAGCAUAAAGUUUGACAGGAGUGAGAUUAGUCUAAAAUGUUGUCAUUGUGUGGGGGGUUUGCAGGGUUUCGGCAAGGUAGAGGUAUGAUCCAGUGACAUGCUACAAGGUAUAGCUCCUUUGGAAUACCAGGAACUGUAGAGAGAUGUUAGGUGGAGAUUGGAUGUAUAUGUUUGGUAGUAGAGAUCUGGACCAUGUGCUUUAUGAACUGGUAGUUGUUGUAUGGCCUUCUUUAUUUCAGGACACUCAAAAGGCAAGGAGACGCUAUCAAGUUCCUGUGGGAGUAGCUUGGGUAGAUGCACUGUUGCUAAGAAAUUAGUCAUGGCCAGUGCAGGAGUGGGCUUAGAGCAAAGGUCAUCAUUAAGGUUAUAUAGAGUGCUGUAAGUGGACAAACUCGUUGACAGAGACCCAAUUUUGGGUCAAGGCGUUGCCAUAUUCACCGAGUUCUAAUAAAUGUGUUUCAAGCUACUGGAGUGCCUGGACCCUUUAUUCCCUUUGGCUUGUUGACUGUGUCUUGUGUGUUUAUAGCUUUACCCUUAGAGUUAGAGGAAUGCUAUUUUAGAGUUUGUAGAGAGUGAUUUAAGUUGUGAGGUCAUUAGUAAAAAUUUGUUCCCAUCUAAGUAUUUUUUUUAUUUGUGUUCCCUAAAUUUGGUUUGCAAUGUGAGUAGUCUGUUCAAUGUGGGAGUUGAUGUACAUUUUUUAUGUGUAAAAUCAGUUCACUCCUGGACUAACAUGGUAUAAGCUUGUGUUCUCUGUUUUUUUUAGCAUAUGUUGAGCCAUCUAGGGCAGGCAUAGGCAACCUUCGGCACUGCAGAUGUUUUGGACUACACCUCUCAUGAUGCUUUGCCAGCAUUAUGCGUGUAAAAGCAUUGUAGUCCACAACAUCUGGAGUGCUGAAGGUUGCCUAUCCCUGAUCUAGGGCCUGAUCGCGUGUUGGUGUUAAGGUCAAUAUCUUAAGUGCGAUCUUAGUAGCCAUGGCUGGUAGAAUUGGCAGUUAUUUGCAGGUUGUCCAGUUUAGAGAGCUAAUUGCUAGUCUAUUUGUUGUUUUGGGUCGGUACUCUGAGCAGCUAGCAGCUCAUGCGACUAUGUUGAGUUGCUAGACCCUACAUUUAACAUUUUCCAAAAAAAGGGAUUUGUAACUUAUUUGCUUCAUCAGACAGGUCAAUCAGUCCUCUCCUCUCUCCAGUAAAAUACUUUAUUGAAUAAUUGUAUAAAGAUUGUGUAAAACUGACAAUUGCUAGAUGUCCAUUUUAAUGCUGAAAAACGGUCAGAUCACACUUCAAGUUCCUAUCCCUUGGUUAGAUGAAGAUUUUUAUAGUGCGUUAAGGUGUUUUAAACAAAUUCCAAGCCUUGCAGCCAUGAGAUUAUAUUAACUCUGCCUUCCCUUCUAGAUUGGAUUUGUUUUGUACCCGCUUUGGGGGGCACCAGAAUGGGAUCAGUCUGAUCACGGCAAUAUCAUGUUCAUCACCAUGUGCUUCUGUUGGCAUUACGCUGUGGCCCUUCUUAUCAUUGCCAUAAAUUAUUCAUUGGUGUUCUGGUAAGUGAUAUAGGGAAAUUGAAAGAAAAUUUAAAAAUAUUGCAUUUUUAUAAGAAGAAAAAAUUCUAAAAUCAUUAUUAAGAACAAUACUACAUUAUUUAAUAAAAUCCAUGGAUACUGUAGCGGAGAGGUAGUAUAAUCCACAGUAUCUCCGCUGGAUAACAGGACGAGCAUAAAAUAAUCCAAGGAAAUGAAUACAGCAUACAAUAAUCCCGGUAGCGUUGUAAGAAUCCUUCCUUCCCAAGAACUAGACAACACAUGGGCUGGGAAUCAACUGAGGUUUUAUUUUCAGGUCACAGUAUUUAUGCAAGUUCCCAUGCAAGGGGUUUCCCUACUGACAUUCCAGAGGUGGGACAGUAGGGGACUACAUGGGGAACUGACCAACACAUACAUUUCUCCCAUCAUGCACUGCUGUACGAGAGGGAUACUCCCACUGGAAUACACCGUUAAUGGGAUUAUCCCUCAGUGCAGCAGAACUUACAUUUUAUACUAAAAUACAUAACUUCCAUAAUAUUUCCCAUUUUAAACGAAUGGACGUUCGGUAGAUAGGUGGGGACUGAGCGCACAGUUCAUGAGAAUACCGCUCAGCUCCCAGUCUAACUAACCGAACGCCGCACGAAAUACAUAUUUUCAACACACUGUUAAAAUACCGAUUAGUAUAAGGGGAACAAACUACCGAACGCCCAGGGCUCCUGAACGGCCUGGAAGUCCAGCAGGGUUCGCGCCGUCGAGUAGCCGAUUUUAGUUCCAGGUGCUUAACGGCAAAACCCUGCUGGGCUAACAAAGGAAUCAAGAUGGCCGACCGCCGCGUGGUCGGUAGCCGAACGACGGCCACCUAGGGAAGCCUUUAACUACCGAUUGCAACAAUGUUGCAAUCGGUUAAUGGGCACCACAUGACCUCCUGUGUGUGGUCAACCAUUCGUUUCACGAACAGUGUUGAAACUCACUGUUCGUGAAACUACAUAGGGAAUGCUGGGUUUUCCACAUUGCAAGCAUACGAACGCCCUUGUUCGCCUGAAAGCCACAUACAGUAUUAUACUUGGUUCUUACAGCUAAAACAAGGAUAUCCACACAUGCAAUACAUGAAUAGUCUUAAGUGGCUAGUUUUGCCAGAUACCAUGACAUUUUAUAUUGAACAUGUUUGACCCAUAUGACAGCCCUAGCUGCAAGAGGUAAAUCUAAAUGCACAGUUACUGAUUAAAUAUGUUAUUGCAGGUGUGUGUCACGGCGAAAACAAUUGUCGGGAGAUGUGACUCUUGGUAUUAAGAAAUUAAAUGGCAACCAUGCGGAAGCACAAACCUCUCUUCUUGCAGAGUCUGAAGAGGACUAGACUGUGCACUGUUGUUAAUAAUAUGGGCAAUAAGAAUUGCCCGGACUCCCUCUGGUGGAUCUGCAGGAUGGACGAUACCUGCAAGAAUGAAGUUAAUUUUUGGACAAUCUUACAUAGCAAAAUGGAGUUGUUCUAAACUCUUAAUACCGAAAACAAUUAUUUAAAGGAAAUUACGGUGUGAUGUGUCAGUGCAGAGCAAACUCCACAAGGACAGAGUUCAGAUUUGACCCCAUAUUAAAGGAGCACUUUAAUCGCGAUAACCACUACGGUUUUGUUGUUAUUGUGCUUGAAGUGUUACUUUAACAAGUGCUGUAGAACUAUGACUGAAUUUGUUUGUAGAUGUUUUAAGAUGUAUCAAAAGGGUACAAUAGAGGGCAGAGAUUCCGAUUUUGUCUAAUGAAAUGAGGCUGCCUCCCUCGGACCAUCUAUAAUUAUUAAAGGAACACUAUAGGGCAGGAACAAAACCAUGUAUUCCUGACCCUAUAGUGCUAAACCCACCAUUUAACAUAGAAACAUAGAAUGUGACAGCAGAUAAGAACCAUUCGGCCCAUCUAGUCUGCCCAAUUUUCUAAUUACUUUCAUUAGUCCCUAGCCUUAUCUUAUAUCUAGGAUAGCCUUAUGCCUAUCCCACGCAUGCUUAAACUCCUUUACUGUGUUAACCUCUACCACUUCAGCUGGAAGGCUAUUCCAUGCAUCCACUACCCUCUCAGUAAAGUAAUACUUCCUGAUAUUAUUUUUAAACCAUUGUCCCUCUAAUUUAAGACUAUGUCCUCUUGUUGUGGUAGUUUUUCUUCUUUUAAAUAUAGUCUCCUCCUUUACUGUGUUGAUUCCCUUUAUAUAUUUAAAUGUUUCUAUCAUAUCCCCCCUGUCUCGUCUUUCUUCCAAGCUAUACAUGUUAAGAUCCUUUAACCUUUCCUGGUAAGUUUUAUCCCGCAAUCCAUGAACCAGUUUAGUAACCCUUCUCUGAACCCUCUCUAAGGUAUCAAUAACCUUCUGAAGAUCCUCCCCCCCCCCUCAGCCCCCUUAAAAGCAAUUAAAACACACUUUAUUUCCAACUCUGCCCCCCUUGGUGACUUCAGAAUAGAAUCAAUGCAUCUCUAUGAGGAAAAUUCAGCAUCCCCAUGCAGUGUGAAGAUGCUGAACGGCAGUGGUGCAUACUGUGCAGCACUGAGCCAGGAAGCACCUCCAGUGGCCAUCUGUGGAGUGAUCACUUUGGAGGUGUCCCUAGGGGCAAUGUAAACACUGUCUGAAAAGACAGCAUUUGCAUUAAAGUGCCUGAAGGCAAUGAUUAUACUCACCAGAACAACUACAUUAAGCUGUAGUUGUUCUGGUGACUAUAGUGUCUCUUUAACGCUGAAAAGUCAGAAAUUAUUCUAAUAUGUUGAAGAUAACAUUUAAUUAAAGUAAAAAAAAAAAAAGUAACUACCACAAGUGUCUUGAUUGUCUUUUAAAAGGUACAAUGUCUCCAGGAGCAAUAUAUAUUUUACAAAGUGUAAUUCCGUUAUAAUGUUGAUUGCAGAGUAAAAAUUAAAGGACGACUAUAGGGUCUUUGGGUCCCCUCCAGCCUCAGGGUCCAACUCCCGCCGGCGCUGGGGACUCUCCUCCCCCUUCCCACGUCAUCCGCGCGCGCAUUCAAUCAAUCCAUAGGAAAUAAUUUCUCAAUGCUUUCCUAUGGACGGCAGCGUCUUCUCACUGUGAAAAUCACAGUGAGAAGCGCGGAAGCGCCUCUAGCGGCUGUCAAUGAGAACUGGAAAAAAAGAAGAAAAUCAGCGCUAAAAUGCCACAAAAGAGUAUAAAAAAUGUGCUGCACUCCUCAAAGGGGAGUCCCCAAUAAUCCCCUAAUGGUAACAAACAACAUAAAACAAACAGUGAAAUAAGGGUGCGCCUAAAGUAUAUAAAAGACAAUACAUACUUAAAAAAAUGUUAAAAAUAUAAGAUAAAAUAAUCAAAUAUAAAAUAAAUAGUAGGCAAUAGUCCAACGAGAACUUAUCACAGUCCAUAAUGGUAGGUCCCACGUGUAGAGAAAUAUUCUUAGGAUAUUCUUAGUGGCUGGAUUGACUCUGUUGUAAGCAUAGCAGUUUCACUUACAGCUGCAGAUGGACCUGGCACCCAGACCAGUUCAUUGAGCUGAAGUGGUCUGGGUGCCUAUAGUGGACCUUUAAAUAUUUUACUUUCAUCUUGUACCUUCAAACUAUAUUUGAUUUAUAUCAGUCUAAAUCAAUGUAUCAGUUUAGUUCAACAUUUAUCAAUUUAACAUUUUUUUAUGGAGUGUUUCUAAGCUUUUGCAUCAAAGCACAUACACCACAUAAUCACCCACAUCAGAUAUCUGUAGAAUUUAUUUUAUUUUUUACUUUGUUAUACUUUUAAUAAAAAUUCUUUAUCAAAA